ACAGCUACCCAGCCCAACACAGAGCAACCAUCUCCAGUACACAGGCUCUCGAACCGAGAUGGACGCCGCCUCCGCGUCCACGUCCGGCCAGGACCAGCAGCAAUCGCGCCACAGGACGGUGGAGACGGUGACCUCGGAGCCGCCGAAGCGCCCCGCGGGGCGGACCAAGUUCCGCGAGACGCGCCACCCGGUGUACCGCGGCGUGCGCCGCCGCGGCCGCGUCGGGCAGUGGGUGUGCGAGAUGCGCGUGCAGGGCGCCCGGGGCUCCAGGCUCUGGCUCGGCACCUUCGCCACCGCCGAGAUGGCGGCGCGCGCGCACGACGCCGCCGCGCUCGCGCUCUCGGGCCCCGACGCCUGCCUCAACUUCGCAGACUCCGCCUGGCGGAUGCUGCCGGUCCUCGCCGCCGGCUCCUUCGGCUUCGGCAGCGCGCGGGAGAUCAAAGCCGCCGUCGCGCUCGCCGUCGUCGCGUUCACGGUGCGGGCUGCCCCGGUCGCGUCCGCAGCCGUCCUGGCUGCAGCCGAGAAGGUCGUCCUCGGCUCGCCGACGCCGGCCGCCGCCCUGUUCUACAUGUCGUCCGGCGACCUGCUGGAGCUCGACGACGAGCAGUGGUUCGGGGGCAUGGUCGCGGGCCCGUACUACGAGAGCCUCGCGCAGGGCAUGCUCGUGGAGCCGCCGGACGCCGGAGCGUGGCGUGAGGACGGCGGGGUUGUGGAGACGCCGCUGUGGAGCUAGUUGCUCGAGUAAUCCAGGACUGUAAAAAUAUUAAGGAAGUAGUACUACUACCUGCAUAUUCUCUGUUUUCUCUUCUUUCCAAAUACAGGAAGAAACAGAGUAUGUGUUCUUCGAUCAUUGUCAAGAUCCGGUUUCUAUAUUUGAGGAAGGGCCAAUUGCUACUUCAGUUAUUAUCUAUCCUGCACUCCAUGAACCCAAACAAGAUAUUCUUAAGGCACGAAAGGGAUAAAGACGUCACUGUUGAAUGGCACCUUGUGCAUUCCAAGUGGCUUUGACGCUUUGCAUUUUUCUUUUGCUAUGUCUUAGUCACAAUUUUUUAUGUCCCAGUUAUACCUAAAAAGAGUGCAAGUCGUUUUCA